AUAGCUGAAUCCAAAAAAAAAAAAAAAAAAAAAAAAGAUUGAGAAAUCAUGGGGGCUGAGAAGAUCUACAAUGGCUCCGUGGAUGUGGAAGAAUCUGUAGGAAAUGGAGAUGGAAAUACCGAGUCGUAUCAGUUAUCGAAUCUUUCCAUCGACCAUUGUCUUCCUCUUCCCGCCAUGAUCCCUUGCAUAAUCGAGCUGUGUAAGGAUCUGUUUAAGCAGUGGUCGGAGCUGGAUGAUUCUCGGUUCUCUGUUGAAACGGUCUCCGGUGGGAUCACGAAUCAGCUGCUUAAGGUUACAGUGGAGGAGGAAAAUGGUAGUAACGUUUCCACCACCGUCAGACUAUAUGGACCUAACACGGAUUAUGUUAUCAAUCGUGAUCGGGAACUUCAGGCAAUCAAAUAUCUUUCAGCUGCAGGAUUUGGUGCCAAGCUUCUUGGAGUUUUUAAAAAUGGCAUGGUGCAGUCAUUUAUUCAUGCACGUACGCUAGAACCAUCAGAUAUAAGAAAGCCAGAGCUAGCUGCAGAAAUUGCUAAACAGCUUAAUAAAUUCCACAAAGUGUAUAUUCCAGGUUCUACAGAACCUCAGUUAUGGAUCGAAAUUUUUAAAUGUUACGGGAAAGCCUCUGCACUGCAAUUUGAUGAUACCGAGAAGCAAUGUAUAUACGAUUCAAUUUCUUUUACGGAAAUUCACAAUGAAGUACUUGAGAUUAAGGAACUAACAAGCCUCCUUGAUGCACCCGUUGUGUUUUCGCACAAUGACCUGCUUUCUGGGAACCUAAUGCUAAAUGAGGAAGAAGAACGACUCUACUUCAUUGAUUUCGAGUAUGGAUCAUACAAUUACAGAGGCUUCGACAUUGGCAAUCACUUCAAUGAAUAUGCAGGCUACGACUGUGACUACAGCUGUUAUCCGUCCAAGGAGGAACAGUAUCAUUUCUUCAGGCAUUAUUUACAACCUGAAGAACCAGACGAGGUUUCCCAAGAAGAUCUUGAAGCUCUCUACGUGGAGUCAAACAUAUUCAUGCUGGCUUCACACUUGUAUUGGGCUUUAUGGGCGCUUAUACAGGCAAGGAUGUCUCCAAUUGAUUUUGAUUACCUUCGUUAUUUCUUCCUGCGUUACAACGAGUAUAAAAAGAAUAAAGAAAAAUAUUGCUCUUUGGCGAGAUCUUUCCUUGCUCGAUGAGGAUCGGGUCGUGGACCUGCAUAGAUAAUACAAUGGGGGGGGUGUGGUAGUAUCAGCAAUCAGUUUGUAUCAACCCCAUAAACAUAGAGGCAGGUUUGAUUUCUCAUUCUUUACUUGAUCUGUUGUAAAGUGGUAUUUUUACUCUGAUAAUUCGUCAUAAACUUUAAAUAAUCAAUUACGUUUUCAUGGCCAGUUCUUAGAAAUUUUUA